UGUUUGUGGUUAGUAUGUUUGUUUUUCGCGUCCAAAUUUACAGUUAAAAUGUGCGAAUCGAAAAACGUUUGCGUGGUCGUUCUGGGGGACAUAGGGCGUAGCCCCCGCAUGCAGUAUCAUUCUUUGUCCCUUGCCGAAAUGGGACACAAAGUGGACAUUCUCGGCUACGGCGAAACUCAACCGCUGGCUGAUGUGAAAAGUGCCAGUUCAAUCUAUUAUCAUUACAUGAUGCCCUGUCCGCAAAUUCCCAUUAGACUGUUGAAUUAUGCCUUUAAAACUAUUUGGCAGACUAUAAAUUUGAUGUUUUUGAUGUUCUUUAUACGAAGGCCUGAUAUUAUACUUGUGCAAAAUCCUCCUGCGGUUCCCACCUUGAUUGUUUGCUGGAUCGCAGCGAAAAUUUUACGUGCACAAUUGUUUGUUGAUUGGCAUAAUUAUGCACACAGUAUCAUGGCCUUAAAUUUGAGUAAAGAUCAUGUUUUAGUGAAGAUAACAAAAUUAAUUGAAAAGUUUGUGGGGCAAAGAGCAGACUGUAAUUUUUGUGUCACUAAUUCUAUGAAAGAACAUUUGAUGAAAAACUGGAACAUUCAAGCCACAACUUUAUAUGACAGGCCACAAGAAAUAUUCCAGUCAAUUUCUCUUGAAGAGAAGCAUAAAUUUCUAAUGAAAUUUGGCCAAAAAUAUGAAGUGUUUUUAAAAGAUUGCCAAGCUAAUGAAACUAUUUUCACAAACUUUGUAAAUAACAGAGUUGAACUUAAAAAUCCAAGACCUAGCUUGUUAAUAUCAAGUACUAGUUGGACUGAAGAUGAAGACUUUUCUACUCUUUUAACAGCUUUGCAAACUUUUGAAAAUCAUCAUAAUGAAGGAAAUGAAAAAAAACUGCCAAAUCUUGUAUGUGUGAUAACUGGAAAAGGUCACUUAAAAGAAUAUUAUUGUAAUGAAAUAGCUGCACGUAACUGGCAGCAUGUAAUAGUGAUAACUCCAUGGUUAGAAUUUGAAGAUUAUCCUAAAAUUUUAGCUUCAGCAGAUUUAGGUGUUUGCCUUCAUACCAGUUCCAGUGGUUUGGAUCUACCAAUGAAAGUGGUGGACAUGUAUGGCUGUGGGUUACCUGUUUGUGCCUAUAACUUUGAAAGUUUACAUGAGUUGGUGGAACAUGGAAAAAACGGUUACGUGUUUGCAAAUGCAAGUCAACUGGCAAAUCAGCUACUGAACUGGUUCGAGGACUUUCCAAACAAUAAAUUACUUGAACAGACCGUUACUGAUUUCAAAAAGGAACUUCAGAAAUUCCAAUCACUAAGGUGGCAAGAAAACUGGACCAAUAUUGCUUCAAAACAUUUCAAAUAGUCAUAAGGUUUUUCUAGUUUAUAAACUUGUAUUUAUACUUAAAAAGUCAAUUGCUUCUAAUGAUUUAAAGUACUAUUCCUGUUUUAUAUAUAUAUAUACAUAAUAUUUUUACUUAAAAAUAUAUACACUGUUAUUUAUUAA